UACUAAUCACGUUUGUGCAAUGCCCAUUCUAGAUCUCAUGUCAGGAGACUGGGACUUGCUUACUAUGCAGACCGAUUACAAACACUGAAAUUUAGUUUGGUGUCGAUCUAUUCGUAGGAUGCUAUAGGAGGACUCUUGGUGUGGCCGGAGUCUAAUACCUGUCCAGUCGAGGUCCAUCUGACACACCCUUUAUAACGUCGGCUAUCUUCCGGGAAGGACAAACUUGAAGAACGAACGGUCAGCAACGAUCGACUAGAAUUCUGCGAAGUCUUCUGCACCGUGGUAGUUUGGCGGGAUUACAGAAGCGUUCGCUCACUCAUCUAUAAGCCGAAGAGGCCGAAGAACAUAAAUUAUGCACCCCGGUAGAAUCUUGGUAGAAUGUAUACAUAUUCGGCAAUCUGAGCACGGUCUUCAACAAGAUGAGUCAACUUUAUUCAUUAUCAGAAUGCAGCGUGUGAUUGGCCGUGGGGAUCCGGAGGAAGUGGCCUGGGUUGCCGUGCCACCUGCGCCCAAACUCAUCACGACAAGAACAUGCAUGUUCUCAUGAGCCAUUAAUCCAAGGUCAGGGGAUCGUUAUCAGGCUGAAUGUGGAACAUUUAGAGGCAAUGUGGAUAGCGCCAUCCAUGCUUAUUUCCGUUCUGGGACCUACUUUCGUCCCAGCCAACAGGGCGAGGCAACUGCUCUGAACUAAUCAUCCGCGCCAACUGCCAGCAAUGGCUUGUUGCAGCCUUCAAGUUGGUCCGACUUCAUGCGAGACAGCUACGUGAGCCGUAAACCUCCUGCUUUGGGAUCCGUCAGCGUUGAGGAGAUUGAACGUGCUGCUCGCGAGAAGCUUAAGGAGCACCCAAAUGCCUUCAUGUAUUCAUUCGGAGGCGCGGGUACAAACUCAACUCACGCUGCUAACUUGGCCGAGUUCAAGAAAUGGAAGAUCAUCCCUCGGAUGUUACGCAACGUCACGGAGCGCAACUUGGAGACAACGAUAUUCGGUGAAAAACUGAAUUCACCAUUGUUUGUUGCACCUAUCGGUGUGCAAGGCAUUGUUCACCCUGAUGGCGAGUGUGGCACAGCCAGAGCAGCUACCAAGAUUGGAGUUCCGUUCAUCAUGAGUUCUGCAUCCUCCCGUUCUAUAGAGGCAGUAGCUGGGGCCAGCGGGUCUGGUCAUCGUUGGUACCAGUUAUACUGGCCGAGGUCGGACGAUGUCACCGUUUCCCUUCUAUCCCGCGCGAAGGCAAGCGGUUUCACGACGCUUGUCGUCACUCUCGACACUCAAAUCCUGGGAUGGCGUCCACACGAUAUCGAUUAUUCCUACCUCCCCUUCGCUCAUGGGGUUGGUUGUCAGAUUGGUUUCACUGAUCCCGUGUUCAUGGCGCGUUUCGGCCAGCAACCUGCUUCGCACGACGACCAUCCUGAAUUCCCAUACGAUUAUAAGAAAAUUGAUGCUGCCAUAGUAGCAGGUGACCAGGAUGCGAUUCUAAAGUCGAAGAUUGCAACAGCCUGGAUCGGAGAGACGACUUCCGGGUACUUCAGGUCGUGGGAAGACCUCAAAUUCUUGCGAAAACAUUGGGACGGCCCUAUCGUCCUCAAAGGUAUCCAAGCCGUUCAGGAUGCCGAGUUAGCCAUCGAGCAUGGUAUUGAUGGAAUUGUUGUCUCGAACCACGGCGGCAGGCAGAUAGACGGGGCAAUACCAUCUCUAUACGCGCUUCGCCAGAUAUGUACCAACCCGAAGAUCAAAGCGGCUCAGGAAAGCGGCACGCUGGCCGUCCUUUUUGACUCUGGGAUUAGGAACGGCAGCGACAUCUUGAAGGCUAUAGCCAUUGGUGCCCAAGCCAUUCUGUUGGGCCGGCCAUAUGUAUAUGGGUUGGCUGUCGGCGGAGAAGCUGGAGUGGAACAGAUCAUUAAGAGUAUCCUUGCUGAUCUCGAGAUUACGCUUGGUCUCUCGGGUUAUAAGAACCUCGAGGAGAUCCGUGGAAAGGCGGACGAGGUUCUCGUAAGAUUAGACUGAUCUGAGCUGCAAGGGGAUACCCAGCCACUAUGGAUUUAUUCUGUUUACUGUUUUCGUUUUAUAUGGGAUGUCUAGAGCAAGUGUUGUACCAUAAUGUACCAUUAGUCCUACUAUGCAAGUAGUCCAGAAUUUCAUACGUAACGUUGUGCGCGGGAAGGGAUUUAUUAUUGUUGGGUCGUGUUGUUACAUAAC